GCAUGUUGAUAGUUGCUGUGCAUAGCAGUUUUUACCGUAGCUAGCCUAGCUCCCGGGCUCCCGGAGUGCCUGAUAAAAUUGCUACAUUGUAUCCCCACGGGGAAUCAAAUAGUGAAGUUACAUUGUAACCAUUCAUCGAAUCGAACAUCAUUCUGAGAUGUUUUUUUUUAGUUCGCUGGCUGCUAGGCUUUUCACCAACUAGCCAGACGGUGUUGUGUGUUGACUGAAAAGAGGACAGUGUGCGUCAGCAUUCAAGAUGGACACCGCCGAGGAAGGGGAUAUAUGCCGGGUCUGCCGGUCUGAAGGAACCCAGGACAAGCCACUAUAUCACCCCUGUGUUUGCACAGGAAGUAUAAAAUUCAUCCAUCAAGAAUGCUUGGUACAAUGGCUAAAACACAGCAGAAAAGAAUACUGUGAGUUAUGCAAACACAGAUUUGCUUUUACACCAAUCUAUUCUCCAGACAUGCCUUCCCGACUGCCUGUUCAGGACAUAUUUGCGGGGCUGGUGACAAGUGUAGGCACAGCUAUUAGAUACUGGUUUCACUACACACUAGUUGCCUUUGCUUGGUUGGGAGUCGUUCCUCUCACAGCAUGUCGCAUCUACAAGUGUCUGUUUACCGGCUCUGUGAGCUCACUCCUUACCCUGCCAUUAGAUAUGCUUUCUACAGAGAACUUGAUGGCGGACUGCUUGCAGGGUUGUUUUGUGGUGACGUGUACACUCUGCGCCUUCAUCAGUCUGGUGUGGCUGCGGGAGCAGAUUGUUCAUGGUGGCGCCCCCCAGUGGCUGGAGCAGAAUCAGCAGCAGCAGCCACAACAUGCACCAGCUCCACAACUUAAUGAGCAGGGUCCUGGGCAGGGGGCGGGUGAGAACCAGCCUGCUCCUGCUGCUGCUGAGCCCCUGGCGGACAAUGGUCCAGCGGCUGAGGUCCCUGACAUCCAGGUGGACCCGGCAGAGGACAUGGAGCUGGAGGAUGAGGCUGGGGCUGAGGAUGUAGGGGACGCCAACAAUGGUGCACAAGAUGACAUGAAUUGGAAUGCCCUGGAAUGGGACCGGGCAGCAGAGGAGCUAACAUGGGAGAGGAUGCUCGGUCUUGAUGGCUCCUUGGUUUUCCUGGAGCAUGUCUUCUGGGUGGUCUCACUAAACACACUCUUCAUUUUGGUGUUCGCUUUUUGUCCGUAUCAUAUUGGACAUUUCUCAGUUGUGGGUCUUGGCUUUGAAAAUAAUGUGCAGGCCUCCCACUUCGAAGGCCUCAUCACCACCAUCGUAGGCUACAUCUUCCUGGCCAUGACAUUAAUACUGUGCCAUGGAUUGGCAGCGUUGGUGAGAUUCCAAAGAUCCAGACACCUUUUAGGGGUGUGCUACAUUGUUGUCAAGGUAUCCCUGCUGGUAGUCGUGGAGAUCGGUGUGUUCCCUGUCAUCUGUGGCUGGUGGCUCGACAUCUGCUCACUGGAGAUGUUUGAUGCCUCUCUGAAGGACAGAGAGCUGAGUUUUGAGUCUGCUCCCGGCACCACCAUGUUCCUCCACUGGCUUGUAGGGAUGGUCUACGUCUUCUACUUUGCCUCGUUCAUCCUCUUACUGCGAGAGGUGCUGAGACCUGGUGUUUUAUGGUUUCUCAGAAACCUGAACGAUCCUGAUUUUAAUCCUGUCCAAGAAAUGAUUCACCUGCCAAUAUACAGACAUCUCAGAAGGUUAAUUUUAUCAGUGGUGGUGUUUGGCUCCAUAGUUUUACUAAUGUUGUGGCUUCCUAUAAGGACGAUCAAAUUCAUCCUCCCAGCCUUCCUCCCCUACAAUGUCAUGCUGUAUAGUGAUGCUCCAGUCAGUGAGCUCUCUCUGGAGCUGCUGCUACUUCAGGUGGUUCUGCCUGCGCUGCUGGAACAAGGUCACACACGCCAGUGGCUCAAAGGCCUGGUCAGAGCCUGGACCGUCACCGCUGGAUAUCUGCUAGACCUCCACUCGUACCUGUUGGGUGACCAGGAGGAGAAUGACGAUGAUGCGGACCAGCAGGCCAACAACAAUCUGCAGGGGAGGAAUAACAACGCCAUCCCUGAUGGGCUGCACGCUGCCCACCAGGCUAUCCUACAGCAGGGAGGUCCUGUCGGCUUCCAGCCCUACCACCAACCCAUUAAAUUCAGCUUCAGGAUUGUGCUGCUGAUUGUGUUCAUGUGUGUGACACUGCUGGUGGCCAGUCUGGUGUGCCUCACGUUGCCAGUAUUCGCCGGCCGCUACCUGAUGUCUCUCUGGACGGGCAGCGCAAAGAUCCACGAGCUGUACACGGCAGCGUGCGGCCUAUACGUGUGCUGGCUGUCCAUCAGGGCCAUCACCGUACUGCUGGCCUGGAUGCCCCAGGGCAGGAGGGUCAUUCUGCUCAAGGUCCAGGAGUGGACCCUCAUGGUAAUGCUCUGCAACACGAUCCUGAAGACGGUGGUCGUUGCUGUGCUGCUGGUUGGAGCCAUCCCUCUGCUGCUGGGCCUGCUAUUUGAGCUGGUCAUAGUAGCUCCUCUCAGGGUGCCAUUGGACCAGACACCACUCUUCUACCCCUGGCAGGACUGGGCUCUCGGAGUGCUCCAUGCCAAAAUUAUUGCUGCCAUUACUCUGAUGGGUCCCCAGUGGUGGCUGAAAACCGUGAUCGAACAGGUGUACGCUAAUGGAAUUCGCAACAUUGAUCUCCAUUUCAUCAUCCGUAAGCUGGCUGCUCCGGUUAUCUGUGUGCUACUGGUGUCUCUCUGUGUGCCCUAUGUCAUCUCUGCUGGCAUCGUCCCCAUCGUAGCUCAAUAUUCCCCAGGAGUUACCAUGGAGAUGCAGAAUUUGGUGCAGAGGAGAAUCUACCCGUUACUGGUCAUGGUAGUCAUGCUGGUGGGAAUCCUCUCCUUCCAGAUCCGUCAAUUUAAGCGCCUUUAUGAGCACAUUAAGAAUGACAAGUACCUGGUGGGACAGAGACUGGUGAACUAUGAACGCAAGGCGGCAGGCAGAAGCACCACAGCCACACACAGCAGCUCUUCCCAGGAUUAGGAGCCGUUAUCACCUGACCUGAGAAAACAGCCUCUAGCUGUGAGGCCUCUCUCCUCCCUUCUGACAUCUCUUCACAUUCAUGACUCAAGCACUCGCCUCUCGCAAUGUCUUCUUUCACUCCCUGCUUACAAGCGUAGCCGGAGAACUGAGAAGUUUGUUUUACAAAAAAGAUUAAACAAAGGCAAAAUGACCCUGAUAACCAACCAACUUGGAUUUGAAAAAAUUGGUUAAUCUUUGUACAUCUUGAAAGAAAAAAAUAGUGUUUUGUGAAUUAAUUUAUUGAAGACUUUAUUGUGUGAGUUCCUGUCGUUAGGUCUGGAUGGACUGCUACAGUACCUAACCUGUUUGAAUAGGAGGAGGCAGAGUCCCGGGAAGCCUCUUUUCAGCUCUGCUCUAUGGGAUAAUCCCAUUGGAACACAUGACUGAAGCUCUGCUUUAGAGGGAGCAAUGUGAGACAAGGCUGAAGAACUUUGGGAUCAGUUUUUGUAGGUUGUAUUUAUUAGUUUUGAUUUCCCUUUUUAGGGGUUUAGUAUUACAGUGUGUGGGUGAGAGGUUGUUAUUUAUAAGAAAGAAAAGUUCCUAUUGAAAUGGGUGAUUUAGUCUUUCUGUAGCAGGGCUUAAAGCAAGGGACUUUUUAAUUCAGAUUUAUAGAUUUCGGUUCACUGACCGGCCACAAAGGAGCUAAUGAGUGUGUCAGGCUUCCCUGAAUAGCAAUAUACUGGCUUGAUGGUCUCCUGUCUCAGGCUGGGGUUAUUAAUUAACCUAGCUAGACAUAUAUUUAUAUGAUGUAGCUUUAGUGUUUAGUUUCAUUUCAGAGAACCCUAAAAGGCAGAGUAUCUGCUGAGUUUGGCAUUAGGAAUUUACAAGAUUGUAACUGUGCUCAUGAAAUUUGGAUAAUUUCUACUCUACAUUUCUUGCUACACCUGUUCUUACUUAUGCACGAAUAUCAGUCUAUUGCACUUUAAAAAAAGCUUUAACAUAGUGGCAAUCAUUCAUAAACCAUUUUAGUUCAAUCAAGUCAGUAUUUCAAUCUGGGGGCGAGGACACUAAAAUUAAAUUUAAAUAUGAGUUUUUGAUCUAGUUUGACACUUUGGGGCUGUGUGUUGAUAUGUUUGUAAAUAAAGCUUCUUUUAUUUCAUUUCACUGUGUACCAUUGUCUUAUCGGUUCCAGGUUUAAGACUUGAUUUCCAACUUACAGAGAGUGUAUUAAAUCCUAAGAUUCUAUAAGUGACCUUCUAGUAACUUAAUAUACAAAACUGGAUGCUGGUGUUUACCUGUUGAGUUUAUGCUGACUCAUUUUAAGCAAAUGUUCUAUUUUUAUAAGUGCAUAUAGAGGAAGUUUUAAGUUUUGUAAAUCUUGUGUUGCUGUUUUGUAUGCUUCAUGUUGUUUUUCUGUGUGUUCCUGAGUGGUUAAGUGUGUAUUGGUCAUCUUAAUAAAUGGCUACUUGAAAAACCCCAUAGAGGUGAAUAAUAGCAUAAAAUAC